AUGAGCGAAUCAAAAUCAAAUCAAAACGUUGUUGCAUUAUCCAAAUCAACUGCAUUAUCAAAUAUUCGACAACCACGACGACGUAUGGCACAAAACUACAUUCUUUUAUGGGUAGAUACCAGCAUCGAUCAAACAAACGAAGAUUAUGAAACUACAUUAAAACAAAUACGAAGUGUUACUAGUGAUGUCAAUGCCUUUACGCAACGAGAUGCAUGCAUCGACUUUCUUACAGAUGCUGAAGAAGACGUUAAGUCUUUUCUCAUUGUCAAAGAUACUAUGUUUCAACAAAUAAUGCCCCUUAUCAAUGAUAUUCCUCAGCUGGAUGGUGUUUAUAUCUUCAAUGAUAUUAAAACCCUACAUGAACAGUGGACAAAAAAAUUCGAUAAAAUCAAGAGCAUUCAUACCAUCGUCGAUGAUCUAUGCCAAGCAUUACAAAUCGGUAUCAAGCAGGUCAAUCGAGACUCAAUAGCCAUGAGUUUUAUCACAAAAAGUGGAAUGGGUCCAAUUGAGAAUUUAAAUCAGUUGGAACCAACCUUUAUGUAUACCCAGCUAUUCAAAGAAAUUCUUCUUGAUAUGCAACAUGGUGAACAGGCCAUCAAAGAUUUUAUUACAUAUUGUCGAGAUCAUGACUGCAUGUCACCAAAAUAUAUUGAUCGUUUUGAGAAAGAAUACAGUUCUCAAUCCGCUAUUUGGUGGUAUACUUUUCCAUCCAAUAUCUAUUCAAUGCUCAAUUAUGCACUUCGCUCGAUGGAGGCCGAUACUAUUAUUAAUAUGGGUUUUUUUAUCCAUGACCUUCAUCAGCAAAUCCAACAACUGCACCAGCAACAGAUUAAUAGUUAUCAUGGCAAAUCAUUCAUAGUUUACCGUGGACAAGGUCUAUCCAAAACAAAUUUCGAGAACCUUCGAAAAGCACAAGGUGGCUUGGUGUCCUUCAAUAACUUUUUAUCCACUAGUACGGAACAAGACAUCGCUCUUGGACUUGCUUAUAGUGCGUCAGAAAACGUGGAUAUGGCUGGCAUUUUAUUUAUAAUGUCCAUUGAUCCUUCUAUUAUAUCAGCACCAUUUGCCUCUAUCAAAGAGAGGAGUUAUUUUAAGGAAGAAGAUGAAAUUCUCUUCUCAAUGCAUACCGUCUUUCAAGUAGUCGCAAUUAAACAAAUGGACAAUGAGAAUCAACUUUAUCAAGUUGAAUUACAAUUAACAUCGGAUGAUGAUCAGCAAUUACGAUUACUUACUGAUCGGAUACGAGAAGAAGCUGGUGAUGGUACUGGAUGGCGAAGAUUGGGUAACUUAUUAAUUACAAUUGGUCAAUUUAACAAAGCUGAAGAGCUUUAUAACGUAUUACUCGAACAGACAUCUGAUGAACAUGAAAAAGCGAUUUAUUAUGGUUGUCUGGGAUAUACCAAAGAUUACCAGGGUGAUUAUGAAAAAGCUAUUUGGUAUAACAAAAGAUCACUUGAAAUAUAUCAAAAAACUCUUCCUUCAGACCAUCAUUCGUUGGCUAACCUACACAACAACAUCGGUUGUGUGUACAACGCCAUGGGUGAGAACUUAAAAGCACUUUCAUUUCACGAAACAGCAAUUGAAAUUCGAGAAAAAACUCUUCCUUCAAAUCAUCCUUUUUUGGCUUCUUCAUACGGCAACAUUGGUAAUGUGUAUAACCACAUGCGAGAAUACUCGAAGGCACUUUCAUUUUACGAAAAAGCAAUUGAAAUUCACCAAACAAUUCUUCCUUCGAAUCAUCCUUCAUUGACCACUUCAUAUAAUAACAUCGGUGUGGUGUAUAGUCAGAUGGGAGAAUACUCAAAAGCACUUUCAUUUUUCGAAAAAGCACUUGAAACCUUUCAAAAAACUCUUCCUUCUAAUCAUCCUGAUUUGGCUUCGUCAUAUAGCAGCAUCGGUAGUGUCUAUCACUACAUGGGAGAGUACUCGAAAGCACUUUCAUUUCACGAAAAAGCAAUUGAAACCUUUCAAAAAACUCUUCCUUGUAAUCAUCCUUCAUUAGCUAUUUCAUACAACAACAUCGGUGUGAUAUAUAGCCAGAUUGGUGAGUAUUUAAAAGCACUUCCAUAUUUAGAAAAAGUAUUUGAAAUUCGACAAGAAAUUCUUCCUGAAAAUCACCCUGAUUUGACUACUUCUUACAACAGCAUUGGUGAUGCGUAUAGCCAGAUAGGACAUUACUCAAGAGCACUUUCACUUUACAAAAAAGCACUUGAAAUUCGACAAAAAACUCUUCCUUCAAAUCAUCCGGAUUUUGCGCAGUCAUACAAUCGCAUCGGUACUAUGUAUGAAAACAUGAGAGAGUGCUCGAAAGCACUACCAUUUUACGAAAAAGCAAUUGGAGUUCAUCAAGAAACUCUUCCUUCAAAUCAUCCUUCAUUGACCACUUCAUAUAAUAACAUCGGUAUGGUGUAUAGUCAGAUAGGAGAGUACGAAAAAGCACUUUCAUUUUUCGAAAAAGCACUUGAAACCUUUCAAAAAACUCUUCCUUCUAAUCAUCCAGAUUUGGCUGCUUUAUGUAACAACAUUGGUUUUGUGUAUAAAUUUAUGAAAGACUAUUCGAAAGCACUAUCAUAUUUUGAACGGGCUCUGGACAUAUGGCAACGUGUAUUACCUCCAGCUCAUCCUAAUAUCCACGAUGUGAAAGAGAGUAUUGAAAUUGUAAAAAAAGAAACUAUAAAGAAUGGUUGA